AUGCCUGGAGUUACUGUAAACCAAGAUGUUCACCAGCAGGAGUUCGUCAGAGCUCUGUCAGUCUUCCUCAGAAAGUCUGGGAGACUGAAAGUCCCCAAAUGGGUGGACACAGUCAAGCUGGCCAAACAUACAGAGCUUGCAUCACAGGAUGAGAACUGGUUCUACACACGAGCUGCUUCCACAGCUGGGCACCUGUACCUCCGCGGUGGUGCAGGGGGGCCACAAGCUAAUACCUCAUGGAUAGAGAGAUCUGGACAGGAUCACUGGACAGGUGGCAGCUACCAACAAGAAGCAUUAGAACAAGGGAUGCUGGGUUAA